GAGAAGAGGAAAUCAAUCAUACUUGCAAGAAUUUCACAUCACAAGAUUUGAGAGCAAACGCAUCACUUCAGCCCGAAGGAAAGAAGCCUAAUUUGGAUGCUAAAAGUGUUUCAGCCCGAAGGAAAGAAGCAAAUAUACCUGCUUCAACAUCUGCUAAUGCUAACAGUCAAUUUGUUUCUAGUAUUAUGGCUUAUUCCAUCAGCAGACCUUAUUUUCAUCUUCCAUUGGCUUUUGCAAGAUCAAAUGGCUUGAUGAGACAUUGUGAGAUGAUUCUCAGAGAUGAGAAACAGAGAUCAUGGUCAGUGCAGAUAGGACCAGUGGGACCUCAGUUUGCAAUUACCAGGGGAUGGCGACAGUUCAGAGAAGCAAAUUGUGUCCAAUUAGGAGAUACUUAUAAGUUUGAACUCAUUGACAAUGGAACGUUACCUAUAGCGUAUUUCCAUUGUUUGAGAGCAAAUGCAUCACUUCAGCGCGAAGGAAAGAAGCCUAAUUUGGAUGCUAAAAGAGUUUCAGCCCGAAGGAAAGAAGCAAAUGCAUCUGCUUCGAUAUUUGCUAAUGCUAAGCGCCAAUUUAUUUCUACUAUUAAGCCUUAUUCCAUCAGCAGAAAUAUUCUCUAUCUUCCAUCAGCUUUUGCAAAAUUAAAUGGCUUGGUGAAUAGACGUUGUGAGAUGAUUCUCAGAGAUGAGAAACAUAAAUCAUGGUCAGUGCAGCUAGUACCAAUGGUACAUCACAUUACAAUUACCAGGGGAUGGCGACAGUUCAGAGAAGCAAAUGAUGUCCAAGUAGGAGAUACCUAUAAGUUUGAACUCAUCGACAAUGGCAAAUCACCUAUAGCAUAUUUCCAUAAUUUGAGAGCAAAUGCAUCACUUCAGCCUGAAGGAAAAAAGCCUAAUUUGGAUGCUAAAAGAGUUUCAGCCCGAAGGAAAGAAGCAAAUGCAUCUGCUUUGAUAAUUGCUAAUGCUAACCGCCAAUUUAUUUCUACUAUUAAGCCUUAUUAUAUCAGCAGAAAUGUUCUCUAUCUUCCAUCGCCUUUUGCAAAAUCAAAUGGCGUGAUGAAUAGACGUUGUCAGAUGAUUCUCAGAGAUGAGAAACAGAGAUCAUGGCCGGUGCAGCUAGGAACAAUGGGACAUCACUUUGCAAUUACCAAGGGGUGGCAACAGUUCAGAGAAGCAAACGGUGUCAAAGUAGGUGAUACAUAUAAGUUUGAACUCAUCGACAAUGGAACAUUUGCCUAUAGCAUAAUCCCAUUGUAAAUAUUCUGGGAAGGAUGGCAAGCUUCAGAGAAGCCAUUGACAAGGCAAAUCAGCUGUUGGUGAUCUGCAAGAGAACGAGCAUAGAAGACUAUAAUGUUUUUUCUUUACACAAAUAGCCGGCCGGAUUCAUUAUUUACUUUUCCUAGUAAAUAAUGAAUACACGAUUAUACACAUAUUAUACAGAAUAUACACGAAUCACGAUUAUGCACAUAUUACACAUUCACAGUCUUUUUUUAGUUUUA